AUGGCGUCCCGUCGCCCUCUCGCCAACGUAUCAAACUCCCCUGCCAAACGUGUUCGAUCAAACCAGCUCGAGGUCCCUUAUGGCCAGCCCCCAGCAAAGAAGCAGGCGAUGGAGCCGGAGGAACAGGAAACUCGGUCGCCCGCACGAAGCCGCCCUACGGUCCUAAAUGGCACUGACUCGAAGCUCUUCACCAAACGCUCCAAUCAUUCGAACCCAAGUGCAUUCGAGAAGAAGCUGGUUGCUGCUCGUGAGAAGGAUCGUAGUUCACAUGUGAGGGGUGCAAAAGGUGAAAAGCAUUCCGCAGAUACUCUGGACACCAUUCGUCAGUGGCAGAAGCACUACCGCAAAGCUUUCCCUCAGUUCGUGUUCUACUUCGACAGCAUCCCUGAGGAUGUUCGACGAAAGUUUUCGCGACAGGUUGUCGCUCUUGGAGCUAGUGAGGAAAAAUUCUUUUCACGUUUAGUUACUCACGUCGUUACCUCUCGCCCAAUCCCUGCCGUGGAAACCGCUACUACCAGUCCAACCGAAUUGGAAGCAUCCGGUACUACCGGAGAGAGUACUUCGCAAACAGUCAACCCGUCCCUGCUCGACAAGCACGACCCGUACAGUACCUAUCUCCGAACAAACACUCGCGAUCAAGGAAGCAUGGAUGUUCUGCAGAGAGCUCGCCAGAUGAAUAUGAAGAUUUGGGCUUUGGAGAAGCUGCAACGAAUGAUCACCACCAUUAAUGAUAAUGACAUUGGCGGCCAAAAUGAUCACGCGUCCAGAGGCAAGAAUGCUGGCCAUGCCACCACUGGCCGGGGAGACGCCGAUCUUUCUCGUGUUCUUCGACAGGAGCUGCUGAACGGGCCGUCGGAUCGUGAUCCUCUGUCCUCAAUGGAAAUGCUUAUGUUCAAGGGCCCAUUUAUCUACAUUCACGACAUGAACGAAAAGACCAAGCCCGUGAUGAUUCGAGAAUAUCCCCGUGUUGCUCGGCGUGUAGAUGGAGCUUGGCCACAGUUCAGAAGCGCACCUCUUGGGAAAUGUCCAUUCAUCGAUGAGCCUCCCACUCGAAAGGACUAUGAUCGACCGAAAGCGCGUAACACGCAAAAAGCUAAGAAGGAAGCCAAACCAGCUGCUGAAUCCCGCGAGAAAGCAGACAGUGCUAACGCAGCCCCUACAACGACUGCGGAACAGGACACUGAUGUCAAGCUUGUCUUGGACCUCUGCAAGCCGAAACAGCAAGAAGAACAACCGCUGUCAGGCCGAUACGGAAACUCAAGCAAGCCAUUGACCGAAGAAGGCCGUGAGCGAAAGAGUUCCGAGAGCUUCAUUCCUCCUCACAUCCCUCGCACUGGACCCUUUUACACCGGACGCGAACCCGCUGCCUCUGGAGUUCAACCAUCUAACAUUACAUCCGCAAUUCGCUCCCAAAUGAUUUCUUCUACUGCCGCUGCACCAGGAGCAAAGGCAGGUCUGAGCAAGGAGAUUCACGGGUUGAAGAGAAAGGUCUUGGAUAAGGGCAAUGGGAUGGUUCCUCCGGGACCCAUGGCUGCUCCUCAGCGGCCGGGUGCGUCUGCAGGAACACAAGCCGGAAGUAACCAGUGCACUAAAACCUCCGCAACGGACAAGAAUGGCGAAGGCUAUGACGCAAAGUCAAAUGCGUCUGAAAAUUUCACUGCUGGAACUAAGCGCCGUCGUGAGGAAUCACAAGAACUGCCCAAGAAGCCCGAGAGACGCCGGGAUCCCAAACCUGGAUAUUGUGAGAAUUGUCGGGACAAGUUUGACGACUUUGAGGAGCAUACACUCACCAGGAAACACCGCCGCUUCGCGCAAAACUCAGCUAACUGGGCUGAGCUCGAUGCCUUGCUUUUCGAGAUCCAAAGACCACUUAAAGAAACUUACGACCUGGCAAAGCGAUCUUGA